GCAUGGGCCUCGGGUGCUGAUCGGUUCGGGCUGCUCCCCUGCAGAUGUCAGCCUCCAAACGAGCCCGGAAGGCUUCCAGCGACCUCGACCAGGCCAGCAUGUCCCCGUCCGAAGAGGAGAACUCGGAAAGCUCGUCCGAGUCAGAGAAGACCAGCGACCAGGACUUCACCCCUGAGAAGAAAGCCGUGGUCCGGGCUCCACGGCGUGGCCCCUUGGCAGGACGGAAGAAAAAGGUAGAGGUGUUUUGGUUUUCUGUUCUCCGUGCCCGCCUGGGAGACACUCCUAGAGCGUCUCUCCAAGGUCACCAGCCACUGUCCGUGGUUAGAGUCUGGUCCCUUUUGGAGGAGGAUGG